AUGAGUAUUUUUAUUUUUUCCAUUUUUUGAUAUAUAUGAGCAGUGGAUCAGGCCUGGGAAGGACCUAGGCUUCCGUCGGAGGUGGCUGCGCCCAUCCAUCGAACAAUUUUUAUAUUCACUCUGAGCGGGAAACUCAAAAUUUGAAAAGAGAGGAGACAGAAAACAGAUUGAAAGAACACAUACGCAGGCUCUCCACCGGUGACCCUCACUUCCUUCCGUCAUCUCCACCACCACCUAAUCCAAAAAUGGAAGAGAUCAUAUCGGCAACAAUUUCAGAGCUAGAAGAAACAAUCCAAACAAACCCUACACAAAAUCUAUCACUCUCAACACUCGAAAAUCUUCAAUCUCUCUUAGACACAAAUGACCCCCAAGUACUUGCUCAAUUCUUCAUCGAUCUCUCCUCUAAAUCAAUUUCCAUUGCCUCCCUCCUCUCUCCCUUGACUUCAACAAUGGACUCUGGUCCAACACAUCUCUCUCUCUUAUCUUCAAAAUCUUACCUCUCUCUCCUUCUUUCGCCUAAUUCCCCUGUUUUUACCCUUUUUACCCCUAUGUCCUUUCUCUCUCUUCUUCGCUCCAUUCGCCGCUCUCUCAAACCCUCCCCUCUUCCUUCGGGCGGCUCUGGCGGGGCUCCCCAGAUUAAGAAAAGAAAGUUAAAGAAGAACAAUAACAAGAGAGAAAGUGAUACUGAGGGUUUUGAUGCGAGAUUGUUUUUUUGUGUAUUAGAGAAAUUAGGUUUGGUUUUGGAUUCAAUUCAUUUAAAUAGGUUUCCAGAAAGCUUAAAGUCUCUGAUUCAUACUGUAGUUGAAAUUCCCGUUUUAGCUAUUGAAAUGGGAGUGGUUAAUUUUAAUAGAUUGGCAGAUUUUUGUUCUAUUAUUUUGCGACAGGUACUAAAAUCUGAGCAUGGAAAGGAAGGGGAGACUGCGGCGGAGGUGUUAAAGUCGUUGACGCCGCUAAUAUUAAGUGGUAAAUCUCAAGCGAGGAGUUUCGCAUUAGGAUUUGUUAAGGAUUCAGUUAUGUGUUCGGAUAAUGAAAAUGAAAGAGUUAAGAAAGCUGUUUUUAACUUGCCUCGUUAUUUGAUAAAAAAGGCACCUGAGAAAGCGGAGGGUAGAGGGUUGGCUGUUGAGGCGAUAAUGGAAAUUGUUGGAUCAAUGACUUCAGAUGAUCAAGUUGGGUUCGUGAAAUAUGUUGUCAGAAUCACACAAGGGAAAACUAAUCUUAGGCUUUUAGGUGUGGAUUUGAUAUUGAAUUUAAUGAUGAUGUUAAAAGAUCCAUUUGGAGUGGAUCUGGGUUAUGAAGUGAAGGAUUCUUGGGGGUUUGAUUGCUUAGAGGCAUUAAUUCAGCGUUGUUCGGAUUCAAGUGCUGGAAUUCGAGCUCGUGCAUUGUCAAAUUUGGCUCAGUUAGUUGGGUUUUUGUUGAGUAAGGAUAAGAACGGUGCUGUAUUAAAUCUAGUAUUGGGUUUUGGAGAGAUAAAUGAACUUUUGAGGAAUAGAUGUAUGGAUGAGAAGGCAAAUGCUAGGAGAGCUGCACUGGUUUUGGUUAGCAAGUUGAUUGCUCUAAUGAAUGGAAAUUUUGAUGGCAUUCUGCUUAAGACUAUGGGAAUGGCUUGUUCAGAUCCUCUUAUAAGCAUACGUAAAGCUGCAAUUUCAGCUCUUUCAGAGGCAUUAAGAAUGUUCCCAGACGAAAUUGUGAUAACUGAGUGGCUACAUUCUGUUCCGAGGUUAAUAACUGACAAUGAAUCUAGCAUGCAAGAAGAAUGUGAGAAUUUGUUCCUUGAACUAGUUCUGGACCGCAUUUCUAGAGCAGGAUCUCCUGGUACCCUAGACAAGGAAUCCACUUCCUUUCGUUCAAAUGUGAAAGAGAAAGAUAUAGAAAUCCCUGAAGGAGUAUUGAUUCUUUUGAAGGAGAUUUGCAACGGAGAUGUGACUCCUUGGGUGAGAAAAAUUUGUGCAAACCUGGGUAAGAAGAAGAAAUUGAAGCCCAAAUUAGCUACUGCACUACAAAGUAUUAUAAGGACUUCUGAGUCUCUGUGGUUGAGUCAUUCCAAACCAAUAGAAAAGUGGACUGCCCCUCCUGGUGCUUGGUUUCUUCUAUCAGAGGUAUCAGCUUACCUCACAAAAGCAGUUGACUGGGAGUUUCUUCAUCAUCAUUGGCAGCUUCUCGACAAGUUUGGAGGAGAACCUAAACUUAAUAAUUCUGUUGGAAAAGGAAUUAUGCAUGAAGAUGAAGAGGACUCAGAAUCAAACUCUGUUGCGUGGGCUGGCGAUCGUGUUUUCCUCCUACAAACAAUCUCUAAUGUCUCAGUGGAGCUACCUGCUGAAUCUGCAGCAGAUUUAGCUCAUAACUUGCUCAAAAGAAUCGAAGAGUUCAACAUGCACUCUACAGAGGUUAAUGCCCAUGUUAAGGCGCUGAAAAUAUUGUGCAAAAGGAAGGCUUUGGAUUCUGGGGAGGCUGAUGCACUUGUUAUGAAAUGGGCAAAGCAAGUCCUCUCUAGAGCCUCUAAAAUGUUGGAAAAGUACAUUUCGGGGAAUGUGGAAGCAAAUAAUAUAAAUAGUUUUUUCACACCACCUAGAAGUCAAAAAUCAAAUGGCAAGAGAGGAGCUGCUAUGUGUCGACUGCUCUCAGAAGUAGUAACAGCUGCUUACACCAUUGGGUCUCUGGUUAUUGUUUGUCCUUCUGUUGAUGUCAGCUCUGUUGUUCCUGUACUGCACACCAUCAUCACAUCUGGAAAUUCUGAUCCGAAAUUGAGCAAGUUGCCUGGACCUAGAGUCUCUUUGAAACAAACAGCCCCCUCUUUGUACAUUCAAGCAUGGUUGACCAUGGGGAAGAUCUGCUUAGCAGAUGGGAAACUUGCGAAGCGCUAUAUUCCGUUGUUUGUGCAGGAGCUUGAAAAGAGUGAUUGUGCAGCCCUUCGCAACAAUCUUGUAGUUACUAUGGCUGAUUUUUGUGUUCGCUAUACAGCUCUAGUUGAUUGUUAUAUAUCAAAGAUUACCAAGUGUCUCAGAGAUCCAUGUGAACUUGUGAGAAGGCAGACGUUUAUUUUGCUUUCAAGAUUGUUGCAGAUGGACUAUGUGAAGUGGAGAGGAGUGCUCUUCCUUCGUUUCCUUUUGUCUCUUGUUGAUGAGUCAGCAAAGAUAAGGCAGCUUUCUGAUUUUCUCUUUGGCAGUAUUCUAAAAGUGAAAGCACCUCUUCUAGCUUACAACAGUUUCGUGGAAGCCAUUUAUGUUCUCAAUGACUGCAAUGCCCAUAAUGGACUUGGUGGAUCUAAGAAUUCACAGACAGAGAACCGGCUCUUUUCCAUCAGGGGCAGUGAUGAAAAUGCAAGGGCUAAACGAAUGCACGUCUAUGUUUCUUUACUGAAACAAAUGGCCCCAGAACACCUCUUGGCAACAUUUGCAAAGUUGUGUGCUGAGAUUCUUGCAGCUGCAUCAGAUGGCAUGCUCAGCAUAGAGGAUAUUGCGGGACAAGCUGUUCUGCAGGACGCUUUUCAAAUUCUUGCUUGCAAAGAGAUCCGGAUUUCACCUGGGCGCAGUUCACAGACAGAUGCAGGAGAGAUAGAGGACGAAGGUGGAGAGAGUGGCGCUUCGGCAGCAGCUGCCAAAGGAAGAGCUGUAACUCAAGCAAUUAGGAAGGGCCUCAUACAAAAUACCAUCCCCAUCUUUAUAGAGCUCAAGCGACUACUUGAGAGCAAGAACAGCCUCCUCAUGGGUUCUCUCAUGGAAUGUCUCAGGAUUCUUCUCAAGGAUUACAAGAAUGAGAUUGACGACAUAUUAGUUGCUGAUAAGCAACUACAGAAAGAGCUUAUUUAUGACAUGCAGAAAUAUGAAUCAAACGAGGCCAAAAUAACAGCUGCUCAGGCUGUUGCCACUAUGCAAAAACCCAGUAGCUUUCUUUCUCCUGGCGUCCCUAAGACUGCAAAUAGAACAGCACAAGGCCAGAAUAAGUUCCCUGAUAACUUGCAUAAUGAUGCAAGAGUUGCUUCAGCAAUGGCAGAUGCAACAGCUGCAGCCCGAGCCCGGUCUGUGCUUAAAGAAGUGAACAAAGGAUCAUUGACACCACCACUUAGUGCCAUCAGUGUGCCAAAACUCAAGUCAAACCAGGGUGCUAGUGGUGCUCAAAAUGAUCGGCCAUUGGAUGUAUUGGAAUCUUUGAGAAGGAGACAAUCUUUCAAUUCUGAUGAUGAAAACUGAUGUCCUGUAGAUAUUAUUUCUCCUAUACAUUAUCACAUUCUAUGCAGGAAUAGAAAUAAGUGUAUUUGACACUGUAAUUAAUUAUGUAUAUAUAUAUAUAUAUAUAUAUGUCUGUUAAUAAGUAACUUUACCCUUCUCUGA